AUAGCCAGGUGAAUGUCCGCAGUAUUUCCUCGAUGGCAUGUAUGUCCUGUCUUAUGUAGAGACACCAAGGUUGUAUGCACUAUUCCAGGCAUGGUAUAUAUUACAGCAACUCAGUGAGGCUGCCCUGAUAGCACAUCCAAACCCAUGGUCUGCACCACCUAGAAGGGCAAGAGCAGCAGAUACUUGGGAACACCACCGCCUGCAAGUUCCCCUCCGACCCAUUCACCAUCCUCACCUGGAAAUAUAUUGCCAUUCCUUCAUGGUCACUGGAUCAAAAUCCUGGAAUUCAAUUCCUAAGGCACCGUAGGUAUCCCAGGACUGCAGCAGCUCAAGAGAACAGCUCACCACCUUGCUAAGGGUGUCUAAGGACAGGAUUAGGGAGGGCCUGGACCUGUUGCAGAUGGGCAGCACCCCGAUCCAGCUCACCAAGAUCAAACUGGGGAAGCUCCAGAUUGUUCGCCGGCGCUUGCUCCAGCGCUAUGAGUACCAGCCUUUCCUCUCCUGCCUGGCAGGUCUCUACGGCUGUCAGUGGAGACGUUACCAACGCACCCGGAUCCUGCCUGGAGAAUUCUGCUGCAGCAAGUUUGAGUUAUUCUGCUUUGGAAUUUUGGUCUCGACAUUUGGCCUGGCUUUUGUACUGCUUUACUUUUGGGGGGAAGCCAAGAACGACUACAACGAUUUUGAUUGGAAUUUUUAUAGCGGCAAGUGGAUUCCCUGGUCUAUAGUGGUCCUUGGGGUGACAGCCACAUUUUUUACAUACAUUGCUAUUUUACUGAUCCUGGCGAUAUGUUUACUUAGUGAAGGUCAACGUCUGCAACUAUUCUGGGGUCACAAGAUUGGGAUUGUUCUGGUAUUAGCUGUGUGUGCUGUUGCAAUUGGUUUCUUGUACAAUCAGUGGCAUGAAGAAUGGAAUACAUUCACCCUCUCCUUUCAGGUCACUGCUCCAUACCUGCACAUUGGGGCUGUAGCAGCAAUGACUGUCCUUUCCUGGCCGGUGGCUCAACACUUUGCCAGGAUGAAUAGAAAAGUUCCCAGAGCCAUCAUUUUGGGUCUAUAUUCUGCUGUUCUCCUUUUCCUCUAUCUGGUGCCUCUUGGUAUGUAUUCUCCUUGCAUCAAAGAGAAGGGGACCCUGGGGCCAAAACCAGCUAUCAUUGGACACAGAGGAGCACCAAUGUUAGCACCAGAAAACACAUUGAUGUCAUUUGAGAAGACGAUAGAACAUGGAGCGGAUGGUCUAGAGACUGAUGUCACCAUUAGUUGGGAUGGAGUGCCGUUCCUCAUGCAUGACCAAACGCUGAGAAGGACCACCAACAUUGAAGAGGUGUUUCCAAGCAACAAGACCAAGAAUGCGGCCUCCUUUAUUUGGAAUGAACUGGCAGAACUGAAUGCAGGGAAAUGGUUUCUCCAGGACAAUCCUUUUGGAACGAAACAUUUGUUGUCACGUGAGGACAGGGAGAAGGCCAACAGGCAGCCAAUCUGUCAGCUCAGUGAGCUCCUCGAGCUGGCUGCUGCCCAUGGGAAAUCAGUCAUCUUCGACUUGUUCAGGCCCCCCCACAAGCACCCGUACCGAAACAACUUCAUCCACCAGACUGUCACCACCAUCCAGAGGUCUGGGAUCAACGAGAGCUUGGUUCUCUGGCUGCCCAACGCUAUGAGAUCAUUUGUGCAGCAGAUAAUGCCUGGAUUUGUGCACAUUCACGGGGGAAAGAAGCCCAUCAAAGAGUUACAGGAGGACAAAAUUGACAAACUUAACAUACGCUACAGUGAGAUUUCCAGCCAAGAGAUCAGAAUGUAUGCAGCUGCCAACAUCAGCACCAACCUCUAUGUCGUGAGUGAAGUGUGGCUCUUUUCUUUGGUGUGGUGCUCCGGUGCCCACUCCGUCAUCACCAACGCUCCUCAGCAGCUGAAGGAACUCCAUUGGCCCUGGUUUCUAAUGACCCCUUCUCAGUACAGAAUGAUGUGGAUUUCAGCAGAUGUUGUAUCAGCCACAUUGAUCCUAAUAAUAUUCACCUUCAAUUGGUGGAGAGAAAAUGGAUUGCCCUGCUUUCCAAAUGAGAGAAGUGGCAGUGAUAACCUGGUUUACAGCAAGUUCCAAACAGAAAUGAACAACGUCUGGUCCAUUUCCAGAGAAACUAACUGCUGCGAUGACAGAGCAUUGAACACAACGCCUACUGCAGAAGCCAUUGGCCUUGCAUGACCAGCAGUUGGAAAAUAAAUGGAAAGUGUUGUCAGGGUGUAGGUGUGGGGGGGUGGAGAUAGCAUUGGGAGAGACGAGGAAUGGUACCAUCACACACCCCCACACCCACGCCAAGGCGGCAGACCGUGCUGACAAGUGACAAUGGAGUGACCGUCCAACUGCAUCCUUUCCCCAGCGUCGCUGGCUUUGGGAGUCCAUGAAGUGGAAGUUCCCUCAUUGUACCUGGGCAGAUCAAGGACCCACGGAAUUGAUCGUGUAUCUCAAGGAGUGAAUUGAAUCACGUGUUACUGACAGGGCUGACAUCAUUCAUUCAUUCAUCUCAAGUGGCUAGUGAAAAAAAUGGCACGCUCAGCGAGGGAUUGGCCAUGCCACUUGGAGGGGCAGCAAAGAGUCAGCUGUGUCAGUGAUUGGGUGGGGUGGGGCGCUCCAUCUUUACUCGAUCUUCAGCACCCACAGUCAAACCCUGGAACUUUCUGCACGAACUUUGUUACUUAUGUUUGAUCUUAAUAUCUACAGGCAAA